AUGUGGAAGGUAACAACAUUUUAUUUGAGUUUUAUAUUAUUCUUAAAAACUUCGAAUUGUCAGAUACCUGGAGGAAACUACGACAAUAUCACGGUUGAAUCAUAUUUGGCUCAAAAUGGAUCUCCAUAUGGAAGUGAUGUAAAGGAUCCCAAGCCCACACCUCCAUAUUAUGAAACAAUUUGGGGUGCAAUAUCAGUUCCUCCAUUAAUAACUCCAUGCCAAUUUAUAAAUCCGAUAACUUUGACUGUGGGAAAUCUAAAUAGAACAGAUCCUGUAACAGUUGAUUUCUCAUGUGAUACCAAAAAUCUGGGAGGAACAUCUAAGGUCCAAACUCAAUAUGGGGUUUUGAGCAUUUCAAAUGCGGUUGCAUUAUCUCCACUUUGUGAAGCUGCUGCUACUCUAUUGAAUGGUAUGACUCCAACUGUAAUUCAAACUUACUCCUAUACUAACCUAACUUACUAUAUUACAAACGAUAUGGUGGAGAACCUAAUCCUUAAAUUUCCACAAACUUAUCAAUCUUUAGAUGGCCAAGGGGCGAUUAAUUGGCUUUCUCAACAUAUAUAUAGUGAAACUUGGUAUGAUAUUAAAGAAGAUCUUGGCCUCGCAUCAGAGUUAAACCCCAAAAUGACAAUAGCAUUAAAUUAUAAGGUAUUUAUUCCUAGUGAUGUACUUCCUGGAAAAAAUGUUGUUGGAUCGAAUGGAGAUCAUUAUUUCGUUGAUACAUUCAAUAUUACAAUUCUGGAUGUUUCUUUAUUAAACUAUUCUCAAGACAAGAAUGAUAAACUAUGGGUUCCGAAAUAUGGAUUGGGUGGUUUUAUUCCUACAAUAACUCCAACUUAUCAAAUGAAGGUAAUUCCUUAUUUGAGUAAUGUCACAACUCAUUUCAAUGAUGCUGCUAUUACUUGGGGCCAAACAAAUAUUCCAUUUACUGUUACUCCAAUCAGAGUCCUGCCACCUUCAAGGUUGCCUGAACAGGUUUUAACCGGUAAAGAAAAAUCAAAAUGCUCAAGUAACUUUGACUUUUAUUUCCCACUAAGACCUUAUACAAUGGUGGACAAUCUCGGAGAUGAAGAAGACCCAAGAGACCUUUCACUUCUACUUAGUAAUAAAUCAGAUUCCAUAUUUCAAAGAAAUACGCUUAAAGGAAUGGGAUUUUUCAAUAAAUUCAUUAUCAUGAAUAGCCCCAAUAGAACAGGAAUCUUACAAGAUACUGGUGCUCCAUCAAUUAUUAUUGAAGAGAAUUUUAUUGGAGGGUGUUUCUUUAAUGGAACAUUUCCGUUUACACCUUCAAUAGAAAACAAAGGAUUCUAUCAACAAGGUCGUUGCUCCAGCGAACAACUAAAUACUAGUACUAGGUAUCGAACCCCAUUUUAUCCUCCACCAAAGAUUUUUGAUGGAUACUUCCAGCCUUCGUUAGACCACCCAGGUUUACAAACCCUAAUCCUUCAGACAGUGAGUUAUACCCAAAAUGGUGGAGGUCCUACAGAAUUUGAAGACUCAAAAAAAACAUUUAUCAGAAAUUAUCCCGGGGUUUCCGUGAUAAAUCAGAUUUUUUAUGGAAUUUUCUUACAAGGACCAAGAGUUACAUGGCAAUCACCGCUAUUUCACAAUCCAAACAAUCCAAUAGUACCAGAAGGCUCUUUUUAUGCGUUUUCGCCGCAGUAUGUUGAGAAAAUGUUUGGUUCAUUCAACCUUCCAGGAGGUGGAGCCAGUUGUAGGGCUGCUAGAAUGCUUCCAAUGCCAACAGAAAUGGCUGACGUAAAUGUUACGUGGCAAUGUUAUACAUCAACCACCCCUGUUUCACUUCUAUACUCAACUACUACGCUAAAGGAUCAAGCUUUUGAAGUUUGUAUGCAAGCAGGCCCACCUGCAGCAAGCCUUGCAAAUUGUAUUACUGCUGAAAAAAAUUUACCCUCAACUCUUAGUACUGGUACCCAGAAGGAUAAUACUUGGAGCGCUAGAAUUGAGUCUAAAGAUUAUAGUAUCACUACACCACUACUUUUUAUACAAAACAACACCUCACCAUACGUAAUAUACGGAUACUCUCCAACAGGUUGGUGGAUUGAGACAAUAACAUAUCCAAAUAAUUACAAUCAAUGGUUCCUCCGUACUCAGACUUGUGCCUUCCCUCCUGAGAUUCCGAUAUUCCCAACAGAUAUUCCUCAGGUAUUCACAAUUAAAUCUGUACCAAAACCAUGGGACCACCUUAACACAGGGCAUCAUUUCAGUACAAUACCUUAUAUCAGCCAAAACACAUCAUUUAGUUUUGAUGUUAAAUUGAAUGAAACUUCUUAUUUCUCUAGUAUGGCUGAAAUUAUCCAUUUCAAGUCUCAGCUAUUAUGUGAAGGUUAUCAUUCUAUUCAACUCGAAACUGUGCCUUCUGAAGCUAGAGUUCAAGAGAUACUUUCUCAAGAAUCAAUAAUUGUGUCUGCAAUAGUUAAGCCAUUUAGCAUUUUCUCCGAACAAAAUGUCAACUGCUUCCUUGUUUUCCGUGCAAUACCUGAAAGUUUGAAACAAAUUACAACGAUUCCCACAGCUUUCGGGAAUCUCGCAAAUCAGAUUCCUAGUGCUCCUCCAAAAGGGGUUGGCGAAUACAUAUAUUUUUUAAGUGCAGAUAUGCCUCCUCAGAUGGAAGAAUUUUCAAUAUUAAUUCCAAAUCCAGGAAAAACAUCUGCAAGUGACACUCUUUAUCUUCAGAUACCCAGAGUUGCUUUUCCAACGAAAGUACAGUCUUCUGUCUUCCCUUCAUUGGGACUUUUUGCGUCGUCUGAUCCGGUAAUAUCAUCAAAAUCGAGAAUUUUAAUUCUAGGAGAUCAACAACAACUUCUGCAACAGUCAAUAAGGUUACCAGCUACAGAAAAGGUUUGGUAUAUUUUUCUAAAAGCUUCAACACCCUCCAACAGUGGUUGCCUAAUUCCUUGUGAUAAAAGCCUUAAAAAUCACUACAUAACUCCAUAUUGUAGCUACGGAAAUGAACCAAUUUGCCCACAUCAAAAAAUAAUUAUGAAUAGUCAAAUUGAGAGUCGAGAACAAAUCAUGGAAUUAAUUGCUGCUGCAACUCAUCCUUUAUCUUACUUAUCCCUCUUUGAUGGCCUUCAACUUGGCACCUCUUUAUUUUCACAGCCAGCAUCCCAAUCUUUAGUUUGGAAUGAAUAUUUUGAAGUAUUAUUUGAGAUGCUUGUGGAGAACCCCAAAAACCCUACAUCAGCGGAUUUCUCUGCCUCUAAAAUUACGGUUUUUGGAAUUUUAAAUAUGAUACUCCGUAAAGCAUUAGAAAACCCAAACUUACAAAUAGAUACCAUCAGGCCGUUCAAUUCUAUUUUAAAUAAUACUUUGAUAGCUGAAUGUGCUAAUAGCCCUGGAUUUAAAUUUCUCUUACUGGAGACUAUUGAUCUUAUUAUUGCAGCAAAUGGUUGGGAUUUCAUUUCAUCAAAUACCCAAUACCUCCAAAUAGUUGAAUUAGUUUUGCAAUCAAUUGGAAAUAGGCUAUCAUUUUCAGAACCUAUAGGAUCUGAAUUUAGAUGGGCAGGACCUAAUUCUAAAAUUAUUUUCGAAAGUAAAACAUUUGCUAAACAGGAUUUAAAUUCUGGAGUUAGAUUUGAUACAAUUAGUAUUCCACAUUUUACUUUUUCAAAUAAUAUUGACUUUCAGCUUGCAGAAUCCAUUUACAUGAUCCAAAACCCUAAGUACUUUGAUCCUCAAUUAGCAAAGUCAUAUUGGAUACCUUCUUGCCCAAAUAAUACUCUCACCAUCUCGGUUUCAAAGUAUCCAAAUGAGUUGAUCAAAAAAUCCAUUCACAAAUCUAUUUCCAGCGAGAAUCUAGCGUUAAUACCAGUACUAUCUACAACACUUUUUGUAUGUUCCAUUGACUAUUAUCUAUUUAAUAUUCCCACUCCAGUUUCGUUCAAUAUUGAUCUUGAACUUGAUAUACAAGUUAAUGUUACAGGCCUUGAAUGUGUUGUGAGACAAGGAAACCGCUGGGAUAGUUCCUUAUGCCAGACAUUCCACCGCUAUAAUGAGUUUAACACCAGAAAAUCUCAAAUCCAAUGUUUGUGCAGUGCAUUAUCUAGCUUUGCACUUAAAGGAACAGUUUCUCCUUUAAACAAAUACCAAAAUGAUACGACGCCUUGGACAGGAUUUGACGGUGAUUUUGGUGGAUUAAUUCCUAAUAUCUCUGAAAUUCGCCCACUAUUAGGAAAUGCCAGGUCUGGCUUUAUAUUCCUUCAAGGAGACUCCACUAGCAAGAAGAACCCCAAUAGUAAUUUAGAAGAUGGCCAAGUUGGAAGAUAUUCAGUCAAUUAUAAGCGAGAAAAAAACUCCACAAGCGAGACCGUUGGCAUUCUACAAGAACAAUCAGCAUUUAAUGGUUUUGCACGCUAUGAUUAUGAUUUUCUCUAUUCUUGGGAGCCAAAAUCAUACAAUUCAACUUUGAACUUUACUAUUGAAAACUAG